CACUAGGACCCAAGACUCGCGAGAGGGCUUAUCACUGUAAAUGCGCUUGUAUGACUGGGUCUUAUAGCUAAAAAGGAAUGUUCUGCCCUGUUGGGCCCGUAUAUGUGACUUUUCCCAGCCUAAUAUUCGAGAGAGCGCUUAUUUGAAGUGGAUUCGUGGAAGUAACUCGGCAGAAACCUGCACUGAGAGCGGACUAAUCUGAAGAGCCAGGCUUUUAGUUCAGCGCAGAAAUCCUCUGACUGUCACUCGGUCACCAUCGCAGACAGUCGGGCGAGCCAAGAUGGAGUGCCAGUGGAAGCCAGACGAGCAGGGACUUCAGCAGAUCUUACAGCUUCUGAGAGAGUCUCAGUCUCCUGACACAAGCACGCAGAGAUCCGUCCAACAAAAACUUGAACAGCUCAAUCAGUUUCCAGACUUCAACAAUUACUUGAUAUUUGUGCUCACAAAGUUGAAGUCAGAAGAUGAGCCCACGCGUUCCCUUAGUGGACUGAUCUUGAAGAACAAUGUCAAAGCCCAUUACCAGAACUUUCCCAACGGAGUCUCUGACUUCAUCAAACACGAGUGCUUGCAGAACAUCGGAGACUCUUCACCUCUCAUCAGAGCCACAGUGGGUAUUCUCAUCACCACAAUAGCCUCUAAAGGAGAGUUACAGAACUGGCCAGAGCUUCUGCCCAAACUCUGUUUGCUGCUGGAUUCAGAGGACUACAACACAUGUGAAGGGGCCUUUGGAGCUCUGCAGAAGAUCUGCGAAGAUUCCGCUGAGAUUCUGGACAGUGACGUGCUGGACCGACCUCUCAAUGUCAUGAUCCCAAAAUUUCUGCAGUUUUUCAAACACAGCAGCCCCAAGAUUCGAUCUCAUGCCAUUGCUUGUGUGAACCAGUUUAUCAUCAGCAGAACACAGGCCCUUAUGCUGCACAUAGAUCCUUUCAUUGAAAACCUAUUUGCACUGGCAGGAGAUGAGGAGCCAGAGGUGAGGAAGAAUGUUUGCAGGGCUCUGGUCAUGCUGUUGGAGGUCCGCAUGGACCGCCUCCUCCCCCACAUGCACAACAUUACAGAGUACAUGUUGCAAAGGACGCAGGACCAGGAUGAGAAUGUUGCUUUGGAAGCCUGUGAGUUCUGGCUCACGCUUGCAGAACAGCCUGUUUGUAAAGAUGUGCUUUGCGGACACCUGGCUAAGUUGGUACCAGUUUUGGUGAAUGGAAUGAAAUACUCAGAGAUCGACAUCAUUCUGCUGAAGGGUGAUGUGGAGGAGGAUGAAGCAAUCCCGGAUAGUGAGCAGGACAUUCGACCCAGAUUUCAUCGCUCGCGUACUGUUGCACAGCAACACGAGGGUGGGGACAGCAUUGAGGAUGAAGAAGACAAUGAUGAGGACGAUCUGGAUGAUGAUGACACCAUCUCGGACUGGAACUUACGGAAAUGCUCUGCGGCAGCUUUGGAUGUUCUGGCAAAUGUUUUCCGAGAAGAUCUGCUGCUACACAUUCUCCCUUUGCUGAAAGAACUGCUCUUCCACCCAGAAUGGGUCAUCAAAGAGUCGGGCAUACUUGUACUAGGAGCCAUUGCUGAGGGUUGUAUGCAGGGUAUGAUCCCGUACCUGCCCGAACUGAUUCCUCACCUGGUGCAGUGUCUGUCUGACAAGAAAGCCCUGGUCCGCUCCAUCACCUGCUGGACCCUUAGCCGCUACGCACACUGGGUGGUGAGCCAGCCUGCCGAUGCCUACCUCAAACCACUCAUGACUGAGCUGCUCAAACGCAUACUGGACAGCAACAAGCGUGUCCAAGAGGCAGCAUGCAGUGCCUUUGCUACUCUGGAGGAGGAGGCAUGUACAGAGUUGGUGCCCUAUCUGGCCUACAUUCUGGACACGCUGGUCUUUGCCUUCAGUAAAUACCAGCACAAGAACCUGCUUAUCCUUUAUGAUGCCAUUGGCACACUGGCAGAUUCUGUCGGCCUCCAUCUCAACAAACCGGAGUAUAUUCAGAUGUUGAUGCCGCCAUUGAUUCAGAAGUGGAACCAGCUGAAAGAUGAAGAUAAAGACCUUUUUCCUCUCCUGGAGUGCCUGUCAUCUGUGGCUACUGCCCUGCAGAGCGGCUUCCUACCAUACUGUGAGCCUGUCUACCAGCGCUGUGUUAAUCUGGUCCAGAAAACUCUUGCGCAGGCCAUGCUCCAUCAGACCCAACCUGAAGUUUAUGAAGCUCCUGACAAAGACUUCAUGAUAGUGGCUUUGGAUUUGCUCAGUGGGCUAGCCGAGGGCCUUGGGGGCAACAUUGAGCAGCUGGUGGCCCGCAGUAACAUCCUCACCCUCAUGUACCAGUGCAUGCAGGAUAAAAUGCCAGAGGUACGACAGAGUUCUUUUGCCCUAUUGGGGGAUCUCACUAAAGCCUGUUUCCAGCAUGUCAAACCAUGUAUUGCGGAUUUCAUGCCUAUUUUAGGCACAAACCUCAACCCAGAACUGAUAUCCGUGUGCAACAAUGCAACCUGGGCCAUUGGAGAAAUCUCUAUUCAAAUGGGCGCUGAGAUGCAGCCCUAUGUAUCCAUGGUCUUACACCACCUGAUUGAGAUCAUUAACAGACCCAACACACCCAAGACUCUGCUGGAAAAUACAGCAAUAACAAUUGGUCGUCUUGGUUACGUUUGUCCUCAAGAGGUGGCACCCAUGCUACAGCAGUUUAUAAGACCCUGGUGCACCUCGCUACGCAAUAUAAGAGACAAUGAGGAAAAAGACUCUGCCUUCAGGGGAAUCUGCACCAUGAUCACAGUCAACCCUGGAGGUGUGGUGCAGGAUUUUAUCUUUUUCUGUGAUGCCGUUGCAUCAUGGGUGAACCCUAAAGAUGAUCUACGAGACAUGUUCUAUAAGAUCUUACAUGGGUUUAAGAAUCAGGCUGGAGAAGAGAAUUGGAGGCGUUUCUCCGACCAGUUCCCCUUGCCUCUUAAAGAGCGAAUCGCAGCUUUCUAUGGAGUCUAACCACUCCCGGAGAAACUGGCCUGUUGUAGGAGGUGACUGUGGGGGGAAAAAAAGCACGGGAGCCUCAAAUCCCCAGGGAACAUGUUGCCCUUUAUGGGGGGGGAGGGUGGUGUGGCUGGGGUGGGGUGUGUGGACCCCUAAAUCCCUCUAGAUGGGGUGGGAGGGAGUUGUUUGCUGUGGCAAUCCACUCAAGAAAAAAGCAACAUCAAGAAAGAAAACCUUUAAAUGCCCAGCCAACUGAACUAGAGAGGAAAAUAUUACUGUUCAUUUUUCAUUCAUCUAAAACCUAGACGAGGAAAUCAUGGGGAUAAAAAAGAACAUGUUUAUGUCUCGACUGAAUUUAGGAAAAUGCCAGAUUCUGUCUGCAGAGAAAGUAUCUUUCUGGAUCAAACCACACAAUACUGGAUCAAGCCGUACUGGAUCAGGUGGAAGUUCUAGACAGGAUGGUCCCGGUAGGUACAGGACUGCACAUGGGGUGUUACAAGGUAUAACUUCACUUCAUGAAAAUGCAGUGAAGUCAAUGCUUUUUUUGCACUGCACAGCAGUAGAUGGAACACUGUUGAAGUAAAUGAUGAAAACUUACCGAGUUUAAAGGUAUAAUGUCUAAAAAUUAGAUGACUGCUUCAUAACGUAAGAGUAGAAAAUGAGGGUCCAAAAAACCAUUUGUAAUGAGUACGUAAGUGCUUUUUUGUGAUUUUAACAAGUGAUUUGUCUUAAAAUAUUCAUUACCGUAAGCAUGCAUAAGGUGAAGCGAAAGGAUAUAUUGGGGUACAUCACAGCACAGUGACUUACUGCAUUUGAGUAGUGGUUUUAAACCUCCCUGUGCAAAGGUAUCAGACUCAUCUCCUGUUGCUUUUCUUUUUCCAUGUGAAUUUGUGAUCAUGGUCUCUGAUCUCAGUUAGAAGGUUUGUCAUUGAUUGAUAAAUCCAAGAAAUGUUAUUUUUUUGACAUCUUCCAGUGUACUUGUUUUUUUUGCUUAGUUUACAGAGAGCAUGAUUUUGGAAAUGCUUGUGAUGACAUUUUUGACUGACUAGAAUAAGAAGGGUACUUAAGUGUUUGAUUCAUGCAUGUUGGUGGCCCUAUUAGCAAUUUACGUUGCUGCCUCCUGAUCCCCUCUUGAUGAAUUACUGCAACAUCAUUUGCAUUUUUGCUUCCUCUUUAGCAUCACCUCCCAGUUGAAGUUAACAGGAAAAGUUGUCUCAAUUCAAAACUACUUUUUUGUUUGUCAGUGUUUUUUGCAUACAGUGUUGCAAGUCUUCAAAUUGCCUGAACGUAUUCCAGGAAAUAAAGAUGGCAUUUACUUUGGAAAAUGACUAUCUGAAACCAAUUAUAGUCUUUAGAGUAUCAGAUGAAAAUUAAAUUGAAAUAAGUAAGUUGGAAUGGCUCUGCAGGUCAGACCUAUUGACACAGAACUUCUUAUUUUAGCAAUCUUCAGUACUUGGAAGUCCAUGUACUAUAGGAACGCUUUGCUUUUAGUAAGCUACUAAAAGAUCCUUUUUUAAAUGUAAAUGCAGCUGUUCAUAGGAGCAAAGCUAUGGCCCAUGAAAUUAGCUAAGUACAGUAGGAAUAGAAAGUGUUUAGUAAAGAUUAGUAUUAAGAUUACUGUAGAGUAAUUCUAUAUUCAUAAUGACUGAAGAAAGCAACCUGUUUCAAGUGCCAUCUGAACUCCAUGGGAUAUUAUCAGGCUUUUUCGACUUUGUGAUUUACUAAAUGUUUGUUCAGUAGCUGUGUUUAAAAUUGUUGAAAGUUUGUCUGUCACAUUCCAGCUGUUUCAACCUGUCGGCAGAUUGAAAGGCUCGGCUUUCUUCGGUGGUACCGCUUCUGUCACACUGAAAAUGUAAAAAACCGAAUGCUGUUAGUGUCGUCUUAAAUACAUGAACGCUGCUAUGUGAUGUUUUCUACUUGAAUAUUUUAUGUUGUAGAGUCCUCAGGAGGUGUGUUUAUCAUUGUAUUGUGUUUAAAUUUGUUUUAUUUUAUUUGUUUUUCUUUUCUUCUUUUAGAUACCUUUUUUCCCCAUCCAGUUCCCCCUAUAUAGCAUUAUGAGUAACACAGCAACAAGAAAAUGAAAAUACUUUCUGGCCUGGUUUCCCAAAGGCCCUGUCCUAGAAAGAUCGUCAUAAGAUGGUAGAUUGAGUAUUGAACACUUCACCCUAUCAGCAAGGAUUAUCUUAACACUACAGUACAAAAACCCAGGCACUGAUUUGAUUACUUAAUAGCCCAAUAUUUCCCAACUGAAAAAAAGAAAAAAAAGAAGUUUUGCAGUAUUGGGGGGAAAAAGGAAAUCAAAGACAGAUAAGAUUUUUAAAAGUGGAAUGUGUGUUAUAUGUAGCUUUAUCCACUUCACUGUUAAGAACUUCAGAGCUGUUAUUAUGAAAUAACAGGGUGGGAGAAAAAGUGGCACAAUUGUAUGUGUAUAGUAGCAGCUUAUGCUAAUGACAUUUAAGUGCAGUAUUUACUGUGAUGCCUUGAAAUUACACUUGAUACUUUCGGGGGAAAUCCGUACUGCUAGGAGACUGCUUGCUUGGAGAUAUUGCACAAUCUUAAAUACAGUAGUUUUUCUUUUUUUUAAGUACUAUUUAAAAAUUGUCACUUUAGCACUGCAACAACUACUGUAUUAUGUUAUGUUAGGGGAGAUCAUAGUUAGGAAAUUAUGUAAUAACUAUGUAAAUCCUUUUUGCUCAUGAGCUACCAUUGCUGUUAUGGAAGAACUUUCAUUUAUUGGUUAUUUUUUGUUUGUUUGGCAAGCUGCUCAAUUUUAGAGAUGGAACUAUGUGAAGGUAAUCAUUUCUUUUGGGGCCACCAAAUAUUUUGGAACAUGCAAAGAAUCUAUAUUGUUGUAAUUUUGUAAUGACAUUUGUAUGACCUUGUGAUGGACGUGAGUUUGUAUCUCUGCUUGGAUCUGUACAUUGUUGAAAAUAAACUGUUUUCAUAAACUGGUA